UGGAUGCGAUGUUCCGCUGGUGCACUAUAAGACGAUGAAAUGUACACCGAUUGGAAGUCGUUCCGAUGGUUGUCCGGAACGGUACGACUGCCCAUCGUUAACGGCACAUGACAACAACAAGUGCUACUUUAACGGCAAAAUCUACGACAUCGACCAGUCCGUACCGAACACGGAGGUUUCACCAUUUUGCUCCGCAUUCUGCUACUGUCGAGCGGCUAAUCCGGUAGCAAAAUUCCGCUGCGUACACGUGGACUGUGCGGAGUUUCUACAACAUUUCGAUUACGACAACUGUGUGCGACAGUAUGAAAGUAACCAGUGCUGUUCAUCCGGUAAGGUGUGCGGUGCGGCACGUGACAAGCUGGCAACGUGUGAGCUAGAGAAUGAAAUCUACAAGGAAGGCCAACGUAUGUACUUCAAGGAUAACAAGUGCCGGACGUGCAUUUGUUCGGCCACCUUUAAUCGUAACGCGACCGAUACGGAUCCAAACUGUUACGACAGGAUUUGCGGGUUCGAACUUUUCGAGGAGAAGCAGCUAUACAGGGGAGCGAUUCCCGUGUACAAGCAGGAUAUAUGCUGCCCUUGGGAGUGGCGUUUGCCUAAACAAACGGACAGUGUUGUGAAGGGUGCUACAGGCAAACCGGCGACGGAUCCUAACCUUCAAUGCAAGUACGGCAGCCUUACGCUAAAUGUGGGAGAUACGCUCAACAUACAGCAGAAUGCAGCGGAUACGAAAAUGACCUGCAGCUGUCAAGUUCCGCCGCUGAUGCAGUGUGAGAUGGAAUAAGCUAAUGCUUCU